CAAAAACAAUUGAGCGUCGCUUAUGAUCGGUCCUUUGAAUCGUCUGCAGUGGUCAAUGGUGGUGCUUUAUUGAUUUUGGUGAGCGUUUUCGCGUCUGACCGACCGGCAGAGGAAAUCUCUGACAAGAACUGCAACUUCAGGAGCGGCCACGAUGGCGGACCGCAAAGCAGAAUUGGAAAGGAAAAAGGCCAAACUGCAGGCCAUCAGGGAGGAGAAGGAACGACGGCGCCGUGAAAAGGAGCAGAAAGAGCUUGAAGAUGCAACUUUGCGAGUGGCGACGCAGGGCGCGGCCAGCAUGGACCAGAAGAAAGAGCUGGACGACAUGCUCAGCUCAUUGGGAGUGGCGCCUGUGUCAGACGUCCUCUCGUCUCUGUCCAGCCUCUCUUCUAUGCCUGACAAUGGACACACUGGCAGCACCCCUGAAAACAGCAUUCAGCCAAAUGCAGCUCUAUCCGCCGCUCAACUUAAGGCAGCUAGGAAAAACAAACUCACACAGCUAAGUGUGGUACCGGUCCAACUGACCAAUAUCCCACCUUCAGAAUUAGUAGUCUACAGCAAACAAACACAAACCGCCGGUACAGGUCCUGAAAGAGACGGAUCCCUCUCCCCAUGUUCUUCCUCUUCUUCCCUCAAAGGAUACUUUGAAGAUUGGUGGAGGCCUCGCAAAGCUCAUGCAUUCGACUAUUACGACGAAUACAAUCUAAACCCAGCUUUAGAGUGGGAGGAUGAAUUCACAGUUUUGACUUUCGAUGAUCGCCAAGCUGAGGACGAGGACCAUUCGCUGCCACCGCACUUGGACGGAGGCGGACUCUUUCAGAGCAAGUUGCCACCCGGCAUUCUGCCCCACGGCCUGCCACAGGUCAAAGAAGUUCAGCCAGCAAUCACAGCUGUUGAGACUGAAGCAGCUAAGCACGAGCAUGAAAAAGAAGUCAAAGAGCUCAGCGAGGAGCAGAAGCAGAUGAUCAUUUUAUCCGAAGACUUUCGGCGUUUUAUUGAGCAUGCUGGAAGAAUUAUGGAGAGGGCUUUGUCUGAGCAGGUUGAUGUCUGCAUUGAUUACAGUGGCCUGCUGGAUGGAGACGAUGGAAGUGAUGAAAAAUCUCGGGCCCGUUUGUCCCUGAACCGGGUGUUUGUGGAUGAGCGCUGGUCGAAGAGUCGCUGUGUCACAUCACUUGACUGGUCACCUCACUAUCCAGAGCUGCUACUCGCCAGCUAUCACAUCAACGAAGACAGCCCGCACGAUCCAGACGGCGUGUGCUUGGUUUGGAACACCAAGUUCAAAAAGACAACCCCCGAGUACAUUUUCCAUUGCCAAUCUCCUGUUAUGUCCUCCAUCUUUGCCAGAUUUCACCCUAAUUUAAUUUUGGGAGGCACCUACUCGGGCCAAAUAGUUUUAUGGGACAAUAGAGUGCACAAACGAACACCUAUUCAGCGGACUCCCCUUUCGGCAGCCGCCCAUACACAUCCUGUGUACUGUUUGAACGUGGUUGGGACGCCAAAUGCACACAAUCUCAUUUCUAUCUCCACCGACGGCCGUCUUUGCUCCUGGAGUUUGGAUAACCUUUCAGCGCCCCAGGAGACGAUGGAGUUGCAAAACAAACAAGGUAAAGCCAUGGCCAUCAAAAGCCUGGCUUUUCCCAACAACGACGUCAACAAUUUUGUAGUUGGCUGUGAAGAAGGUGCCAUUUGUACAGCAUGUAGACACGGCUCAAGAGCAGGCGUGAUAGAAACCUAUGAAGGGCACCAGGGUCCAGUAACUGGCAUCCACACUCACAAUGUGCCCGGACCAAUUGACUUUUCGCAUCUUUUCCUAUCGUCGUCCUUUGACUGGACCAUCAAACUGUGGAGUGUAAAGGAAAAUAAGCCUCUUUAUUCCCUGGAGGACAAUGGUGAUUAUGUUUACGACGUGGCCUGGUCGCCCGUGCAUCCUGCGUUGUUUGCAGCUGUCGAUGGCUCCGGAAAGCUCGACUUGUGGAAUUUGAAUCAGGAAACUGAGGCGCCAAUGGCCAGUGUCAUUGUUGAUGGUGCUCCUGCCCUGAACAAAGUUUCUUGGACUCAAUCAGGACUGCACGUGACUGUCGGUGAUGACCACGGAAAGAUUUGGGUCUAUGAUGUUGGGGAGCAAUUGGCUAUGCCACGAGCAGAUGAAUGGAGCAAGUUUGCCAACACACUGCAAGAGCUCAAGUUUAAUCAAGUAGAAGAGGAAGUAGACAAAGUAACCAUGAGUGCUGGCCAAGGAAGCGGAUUGAGCAGUUUGGCCUCAUCCCUAUCCUCAAGUCCAAAUCCCAUAAGAUGAUUGCCACAGCCAGUU